ACGUUAACAAAAAGUUGUUGCUCGCCUGUUGGUCGGUUUUGGUUUUGGUUUUGGCAUCCACAUACGAAUUAUUUAAAAGUGAAACUGUCGCCGGAAAAGGCGCGCCUCUUCAAUUGCAAAGUAGUUGGCUGCUAGUUGGUAAGGAAUUGGCCGUAAUCGCAACCUUGUCGUAGCCUUGCAUACACGUGGCCCAGGCGAAAGGAUUAAAUAGAAACGAAUACUGGAACAGACAAACUUCUCGCAAUAUAGGAAGGAGCUGGUGAGGCCGUUGGGCACGGCCUAGAGGGACGCCAUGCACCCGAACCCACAUCUGCAUUCGCAUCCGCAGCCUCAUCUGCAAUUGAAGCUGCAACCCAAACAGAUGAGACGCCAACGCCAACGCCAAAAACAAAAACAACACAAAUCAACACCAUCUGAGGCACACAGAAUGAGUUGCAAUUUCGAGCUGAAGCGACGGCUGCAGUUUCUCGCCUCUCUGCUGCUCUGCGCCCUGCUCGGGUAUCUGACCUCAACGGCGGUGGCGAAGCCGACGUUAUCCUUCAGCCUGCCCCAGGGACUGCAGGGUUUUCCCUCAUUCCAAUCCUUCACACAGCAGCUGAUCGAGCAGCGCAGUGCGCGACAAAUCAAGACAUACAGUGGCCAGCGCGUGAGCAAUGACUCGCUGCUAAUGAUCUACCACCACGAUCGGACCAUUGCCGUCACAGAGCUGGGACCGCAGAAGUUGCUGCUCAGCUGCGAGCUCAUCGAAAUAUACAACGACAAGGAGGGCGAAAUGCUGCUUGAUAGUUUGUCGCACUAUAAUCGUCCGCUGGAAAUUAAAUUCGAAGAGAUGCUGAAACUGAUGGAUCAGUGCGAGCACGUGGAUAAGAUGACAUAUGCAUCGCGUCACAAGGGAAAGGCCGCUGACAAGGUGGCCGAGGAGGGCGAUGGUGCUAAUGGCAUGCGCAGCACUGGAAGCAGCCCCUCCAACAGUGAGAGCACCUCCCUCAAGCUCGCCGCCCACAUCUUUCCCCGUAACCCGUUCACGCUGCUAAGCGGCAUUAUACCUGGCACCAAGUGGUGCGGCACCGGCGACAUUGCCGAAACGUACAGCGAUCUGGGCACCGAGAUGCGAAUGGACCGCUGCUGUCGUCAGCAUGAUCUCUGUCCGGUAAAGAUACGCGCCUAUCAAAGCAAAUACGAGCUGACAAAUGAUUCCAUAUAUACCAAAUCUCACUGCAUCUGCGAUGACAUGCUGUACUCGUGCCUGAAGAUGACAAACACCUCGGCCUCGCAGCUCAUGGGAUCCAUUUAUUUUAAUCUGGUGCAGGUGCCCUGUCUGGAUGGCCGCAAUAAUCAGUACAAGUUCCGUGCGGCCAAGGAGGGCUUCUGAGGUGCUGGCAACUGCAACUGGAGCGGGGUUACUGGCCAACUGUACUAGCGCACUGGCCAAUUGUAUAUACAUAAAGAGCUUAACAUAGUUGGUACGAGAAUUGUUUUUGAUCCUUAUAUUUCUUUCUGUCCCCUUAAAAUAGCUGCAAAUACACAAACAUACACAUAGAGAAAAA